UCCAAAAGUUAUCAUACUGGAUAGCAUUGAUCUUCAAUCCAAAUCCCUCGUUUAUUCUGGUUUCAUUGCAUUGGGUUGCAGAUUGCACCAUAUUCAUAUGGAUAAUAGCCAUUAGAGAGUGGAGUUUGCGUACAACAAAGAAGAUGAAGAUGAUGGUUGCGGCACAAGGCAUCUCUUUCUCUUUUCCCCAACUCGGUGGUUUCGAUCUCUACCCAAACCCAUUCCCAAUCUCUUUUUUCCAAACCAGAAAGAACCGCAACCGCAAAAUCUGUUGCCGUUGUUCUCACUCUUCCCUCGAUUGGGAUUGGAAUCGUUGGACCCGCCAUUUCUCUCAUAUUCAACAGGCAGAGGGAUUCGCAUCUCUUCUUCAGUUUCAACUUGAAGAUGCAAUUGAAAACGAAGACUUUCGAGAAGCGGCGAGGUUGAAAAGAGCUGUAGCGGAAGCAACUUCCGAUGACACUGUUGCUGAAAUUAUGUCUCAGUUGAAGAAUUCCAUAGAUGAUGAACGCUACCAUGAUGCUUUAAGAUUAUGUAGAUACACUGGAAGUGGGUUGGUGGGUUGGUGGGUAGGCUACUCAAAAGAUUCUGAUGACCCCUUUGGUAGAAUAAUACGUGUAAGUCCUGGUAUGGGUAGAUUUGUUGGCAAGAGUUACAGUCCAAGACAGUUGAUCACAGCAUCUCCUGGGACUCCGAUAUUUGAAAUUUAUGUGGUAAAAAAUGCUGAUGAUACAUAUCAUAUGCAGGUAGUGUACUUGCAACGAGCCAAAGGAAACUCAAUGAAUAACCCUCCAACUAUACCUGCUAAAAGCCCAUUCAAAUCUGAGGUAGAGAAUGAAUCUUCAGUUGAGAUGCAAGAACAUGAAGACAAGGUUGAAGAACAUGUAGACAAGGUUGAGAAAAAUGAUGAGAAAAAUAUUAAUAUUGAGGGAGCAACUGAAGAAGGCAUUAAAAGUGUAAUAAAUUUUCUUAAAGAUAAAAUUCCUGGAUUGAAAGUGAAAGUCAUGAACAUUAAUGUUGAAGAGGAAGGAGCUGAGGAUAAUGAUUCUAUUAAGCAAUUGAUGCAGGAAGAAAGUAAUAAAACAAGCUCUGGUGAGAAUCCUAAAGAGGAAGUUAAUAGUCUGGACGAACAUGAUGAGGUCACUCUAGAAGCUGAUAGUCAUGCCUCAGCAGAAGAAACGGAUUUGGAUAUGAAGCUUUUUGUUGGUGGAGUUGUACACAAUGAUGACGACACUCCUGUCAAUUAUGAAUUUAUGCGCCUUCCUGCUGAAAUACAAGAUAUGGAAAAAGAUUCUUUUGUCUUGCAUAUUCCUAGGAGAAAUUUAGAUUAUGAUACUAGAGAACAUAAAGUGCCCAACAAUAUCAAAGUGACAGCUCUAGCACAAGGAGUCUCGGAUCUUGUGCCUUCUGAUGUUGCCAAGGCAUUUUGGGUUUCUGACGAAGUCUCUUCCAAGGUUUCAAAAAGUGUGCGUGAAAUUGUCAAACUUGCUAUCAGUCAAGCGCAGAAAAGAAGUAGAUUAUUUGAGUAUACAUCUUUCAGUCGGAUUACCAGUUCAAGAGGGGAUUUAGAUCCUUUUGAUGGACUCUAUAUUGGUGCAUUUGGCCCUUUUGGCACUGAAGUAGUUCAAUUGAAGCGAAAAUUUGGACACUGGAAUGGUGUGGACGAUGAAAACAAUCCUUCAGAUAUGGAGUUCUUUGAAUAUGUAGAAGCAGUGAAGUUGACUGGGGAUCUUAAUGUCCCUGCUGGCCAGGUGGCAUUCCGUGCUAAAAUUGGGAGAGGCAAUCGCAAUUCCAAUCGUGGGAAGUUUCCCAAUGAAUUAGGAGUGGAUGCAAGUUAUAAAGGCCAAGGGAGAAUAGCGGAGCUUGGUUUUCGAAAUCCAAAAUGGGUUGAUGGAGAAUUACUCCUACUUAAUGGCAAGGGCUUUGGUCCAUAUGUGAAAGGUGCAGAUAUGGGUUUCCUUUAUGUUGUGCCUGAGAAAAGUUUUAUUGUGCUAUUCAACCGGUUGAAACUACCAGAGUGAGCCAUAGUUCCCGAAUCCAGUCUAAUUUCUUUCUUCUAUGACACGAGGCGAGGCAUCAAGGAUUCUUACAGUGGCAAAGAAAAUGCUAUUUAUUACAUUUUGUAAGAUAGUUUCACCACACAUGCAGGCGCUUAUAAUUUAUUUAUUUUUUCCUCCUAGCUUCUCAAUCUUUUCAUGAGUUCAAAAUUCUUUUGUUAUUUUCUAAUUCUCUUUCCUAUCACCUUGUGUAUACGGACUUUGCUAACUGACAAAAUUGUGUUACAUUCUUUCCUUCACAAAGACAGGAGAUAAUAGUAGAAGUUAUAUGCUUCUUAUGCUCUCUUCAAGAGGAAAGAAUAUAUGAUUGUGGUAUCGUCAGCUCACAAAGUGCCUCAAGAUAAGUUUGGGAAAAAGAUGCUUUUCACGGCCAUUGUAUGUAGGUUCCAGUAUAAACCUAUCCGUGCUUUUGGAUGGUCCGGAGAGAGAGAGAAGGUGUCUUGUGAAAAGCAAGACAAUAGCUUCAUCCUUUAGGGGGUUGCUUCGCAUAGUUGCUUUGUUUAAAUGAAUGUCAUUAAAACGCAAAAGAGGAACCUUUCCAAUAUACGUUUGGUUGAAGUCUGAAGGAAUUUGUGCCUUUAUGACACUAAAGAUAGGCCCACUCAUUAAAGACAUCUGAUGAAUUUUCUCCAUUAUAAAAGCUUGUAGGGAUUUGAA